AACAUUUCAAAAAGAUACAACGCGCAUCCUAUCCGUAUAUUUUUAGAACGAGAAAUUAGCAGUAGGUCUGUUGCAUAAAUAUCUAUAUGAAAUAAAUUUCAAGUAAUAAUAAUUUUUCGUUUGAAUAAUGAAUCAAGGGUGUUGGAAAGUUGAUGAUAGCGAUGAAGUUCAUCCAACCAAAUCUGAUAGACACCAUAACUUUUCGAAAAUACUUUAUAACAAGUUAUACUCUUCAAAAAAUACCGGUUCUAAAGCUGUUUACAUCGAUAUCGAAAAUGUUUCGGACGAUGAAGAAAAUAAGGAAUAUUCAAAAUGGUCGGAACUUCCUGAUCUUUUGCUGGAAGAAAUUUUUUCCUAUCUAGAAAUAAGAGAGAAAUAUUAUGCUAGUUUAGUUUGUCGAAAUUGGUAUAGAGCUUUUCGCUUACCUUACGUAUGGAAUCGUUUUGUUUUAAGAGAUAACACACUGACCAGAAGCAGAUUCAAUUACUACAGUGGAUGGCAGUAUGUUUUAGACCACGUUCGUUGUCAAGCUUGUCUUGCAGGAUUUGGAAAACAUUUCAAACACUUGACUAUAAAACCAAUGUUGAAUUUUUACAAUCUCUACGAAUUCAUGAACAUGAUUUCCUGGUACACGGAACAAAGGGAACAGAAAGAAAAUGUAGAAUUGGGCGUUGGAAGCAACAUAAAAUUUUUCAAAUUUACGUUUCCGUGUGAUAUGACAUUGGAGGAAGACGAUAACGAACGAAAUCGAUUAUUUGGUACUGGUGGCAAAAUACUUCAAGCUAUUAAAAGGUUGAUGGGUAAUUUAAAAAAGUUGGAAAAUUUACAAUUGAUUGAUUUGAUGCUUGAUCCCACCGAGGCACAGUAUCUUUUAGACGAAGUAUGUGAAUCUCGUUGUUUAACCCUAAGAACGUUGUUCCUUAUUAAUACCACCAAAGUACAAUAUGAGCUUUUACAUGUUGGAGUAUUUUUAAAUCUGAAGGAAUUGCAUAUAAGUCCUCAAAAUCUAGGAGAUAACUUAGUAGAACUACUCGGAUAUACUAAACUAAAGCACUUACAUAUAGUUCAAAAUAAAUAUACUUCUGAUAAAAUCAAUAUAAUGCCCGUUUCUUCACGUAGCUGGAAAAAAUGCCGCACAGAUAAUAAUUCUUUGAACGUACAUUUGGAAAUUGAAAGCAUUGACACAAAAACUAUGAUUUGGCAAGAAAAUGCUCCUGUUAGGUCAAUAACUUACGAUUCUCCACAGAUUGGGGUGAAACUGGAUGCGAUAGUGACAGCUAUAGAUUUUUAUGGAAAUGAUUUAAGAAUUUACGGUCACAAAAAUAUACCUAUGUUCAAACAAUCAAAAUUAAUUACCGAAAGAGCGGACGAGAAUUUAGUAAUGUUAGUUCAACAAUGCACAUAUUUAUCUAUGUUGAUAAUUACUGAGAGGAUAUCAACUUGUACGGUUUUGCUUUUAGCUUAUUACGGAAGGAAUUUAAAACGUUUAUAUAUUCGUGGUGACGCUGUGAUAAUAGAAACUGACUGGAAACCGAAACCCGAUUGGACUGACGAAUUUUAUUUUUGGUUGGAAACUAAUAGUCAGACGUAUGAAUCGGUCGAAAAAGAAGUAUCGCAAAUUUUGGGAUACAAAUGGAGAUUCUUAGAAGAUGAAGAAUUUAAAAGAUUAGACAUUAAUUUACACGAUUACUAAAUAUAUAGACAUAUUUAUAUGAAAAGUUGAGUUUUAAAUGUUUUUCGGAUCAAUUUGUAAAUAUUUAAAUAUUUUUAUUGUGACGUGAUAUAUUAGAGAAGAUUUUCAAACAUUUAUCCAUACAAAAAUUUCCGAAGCUUAUUAUUGAACGUUAUCUUUACAAGUUUAGGUACGAUUAAAAGGAUCAAAACACUUUUACUUAUUGCAAAAUACUUUCUAUAUAUAUAAUCACAAAUACCAUACACAAAAGAGACCGCUUAAACUAAUAAGUAAAAAGAGCUUAAAAACAAGCUUAAAUAUAACAACAUGUAAAAGACCGUCUGAUACAAGAGUUUUUAACGAUUUCACAAUGAAAUCUAUUAUAUCUUAGUUUAAGUUUAACAUUUCAUUCCAGUGUAACUAAGUAGAAAACUUUUCUCGCUUAAAUCUGUUAUGUGAUUCUUAACUUGAAAAAAAUUGUGCUGAAAUAGAUUUUCUAUUUGGUUAGUGGCUCAAACUUUAAAUAUUUAUUUGUGUGCAAUAUUUAGUUUUUCGUCAAAGAAUCCUUCUAGAACAAAAUGAGUAAAAGAGAAAAAAAAAAUAUAAAACGCAUUGAUUUAAAUAAUAAAUCUAAUACUAAAAUUAUAAAUUAUAUUCCAAUUUAAACAACUAGGAUUCAUGUGAAGGUACAUUAAUAAACAUCUGUGCAUACAUAUGA